GCAGUGAAAAAGAAGGUGUAAGAAGAUUGCUGCAGCAGAGGAGGCAACAUUAAACUAUAAUCACAUCACACACAUAGCCAUGAAACUAUAAUCAGAUCACACACAUACCCAUUCUACAUUACCAGAAACAUAAUCAUUACUACUUGUAUUAUUUUCACUAUUCAACAGAGAAGUCUAAAACUCCAGCUUUGUAAUUCAGCACACUGUGUUCCCAUGAUGUCAUACCUGUGGAUUCUCCUGCUGGGCAGUUUGGUGAUUGGAGCCAAGACACAGGAAGACCCUGCUACUGAGCCAGAAGCGAAGGAACCAGAGGCAGAAGCAGCAGAGCCCGAGGCCCCUGCAGAAGAAGUAGCUGCCGAGGAGGCCCUGGUCGCUGAGGAGGCUCCGGCAGAAGAAGAAACUCCGGCAGAAGAAGAAGCUCCGGCGGAAGAAGAGGAGGAGGCUACAGAGGAGGAGGAAGUUCCAGCUACAGAGGAAAAGGCUCCGACAGUCGAGGAUGCUCUGGCAGAAGAAGACGCUCUUGCAGAGGAGGCUCCAGCCACAGAGGAAGAGGAGGCUCCAGCCACAGAGGAAGAGGACGCAGAAGUCGUAGACGAACCAGCAGUAAAAGCAGAGGCAGCCCCUGAAGCUGAGGCUGAACCAGAUGAACUAGAUCUGUCUGAAGCUGUUGAACCAGUCCUUCCUUUUACAGAGGCGGAGCCUGAAACACCAGCAGAGAGCGAGCCCAGGGAGGAGAAGACAGGGGGAGAUUUGGAUCUGGAGGACGCCAUAGCUGAGAAUGAGGAAGACAUACCCGCGGGAGGGAAGAGGCGCAGCGGGGGCUCAGUUGCCCAUGCAGCAGAAGCAGAAGGCACAGCUGAAACUCAAGGGUCUAGCUCUGGCUCGGUGGUGGGCAUUCUGUGUGCUAUCGGCGUGGCGAUCGUUGGAGCUGCCACCGGAUACUUCACCUAUCACAAGAAGAAGCUCUGUUUCAAGAACAGUGGAGGGGAUGUAGAGAGUGCCCGUAAGGAGGAGGCUGAGACCCAGUCGAAUCCCCAGGUUCUCAGCAACUUGCUGACUAAAUCCUCCUAGAUCGUCUGAGAUUCCAAUGGAGAAGAACCAGAACCAGCAGAUUACCAUAACACACACGCACACACUCAUACACAGAUCCAUCCCAAUCAUUAGGCCUUAAACUGAUUAUAGUUGUAAAACUGUGAGAUAGUGGUUUGGAGGUUAUUAACUUUCAGCACCACGUUAGAGUGAGACCAAUCAGUAGUAUCUCAGUGUCUUCUAAAGAUCACAUUUGUAAUCUGUUAAAAAAGGGGCGAUAUUUUCCAUCCACUUAACAGCACCGAGACAAUGUAGGCCUAUUUCUCUGUAUACAAGUACUGGGAAGUUCACCUGGGUUCCUGUCAUUUUAGCUAACAUUCCACUCCUUGCCACUCCUGUCAUUUGCCAAAGAGACUGGCUUAUCUGGCUUACGUUCCUAAAGUUCAAAAUGUAAACCGGAUUUACAAUUACAUUGUGAUUGGAGGAUAACUGUGACGGUUAUCGAAUCAGGAUCAAAUCCUCUGAUCUUCUCAAGCUCAUAAUGAUAGAAUGUUCAUAUUUGAAGAUUGGCAAAAGACAAUGAAUACAAGGAGUGGCAUGUAAUUGGCUGAACAGCAACCAGGCUACAGUUCCCAGAUUAUUUAGGAUAAAAUGGACCCUCCAUUAUUUGAAAUGUUACCGUUGUUUGGUUCUUUACAAUGAUUGAGGGUUUGAUUUAAUCCGUAUUGCUGAACAUCCAUGAUAUAAUGCUGAUCUUCAGUGCUACAGAUUGAAUCAAGCCCUUACUGUGUGUGCUGUAGCCAACUCUUCUAGCCUGGUUUCAUACUGUAGCCAACUCUUCUAGCCUGGUUUCAUACUGUAGCCAACUCUUCUAGCCUGGUUUCAUACUGUAGCCAACUCAUCUAGCCUGGUUUCAUACUGUAGCCAACUCUUCUAGCCUGGUUUCAUACUGUAGCCAACUCUUACAUUUUAGUCAGUUAUCAGAUGCUCUUACCUAGGGUAACUUACAGGAGCAAUUAGGGUUAUGUGCCUUGCUCAAAGACACAUUGAGAGACUUUUCACCUAGUCAGCUCACCUAGUCAGGGAUUUGAACCAGAGACCAAUCAGUUACUGGCCCAAUGCUCCUAACCGCUAGGCUACCUGCCACCUCUGGCUACUAUUCUUCUAGUCUGGUUUCAUACUGUAUGUGCUGUAGUCAACUCUUCUAGCCUUCUCCCAUAAUUAAUGUAGCCAACUUCUCUAUCAUUGUCAAGCCAUACAUGUUUUGUGUGACAAUGAAGGACCUCAGAGAGGAGUUGGCCAAAGCACCAAAAGACUGGAACACCAGGCUAGUAGUGUUGUUCUGUGAAAGCUGGUUAGAGGAAGCUAUGUGAGAGCUGGUACGAGGACCGAAGAUAUCACCCCUGUUGUGUGUUUGCUGGGUAUUCGAGGGGCUUGGGGACCUUGUCUAAAAUACAACAACAUAUGAGAACAUUUAGCUCUAUUGAAAUGUUCAAAUAGUAUGUGUUAUAAUAUAAUGCUGUACUGCUCUGUAAGUGCCUUACAUUAGAUGUUUCACCUGGGAAGCCUUUUUAAGAUUCUAUCUCACUACUAAGGCCAGUCUUCGGAAAUGGCUCCCUACUCUCUCUAUAGUGGAAUACUUUUGAAGCCCUGCUAUAAAGGAAUAGGGAACCAUUUCAGACACAGCUCUAGACUCAGGCACGGGUCUCCAACUGCCCACCCAGCAGCCUUCCAGGACCAGAGUUGGAGAACCCAGUGCCUGCUUAACGCCACAGGGUUCACCCAAACAGUACUGUGCUGGCCAGCAUAUUUUCUUUUCACAUUAUUCUUUCCAACAUGGGUCCAGCAACUAUGGGAGAUGUGUAACUGGGCAAGCCCAGUACAGCUUGGUUUGGCGUAGUAGUGUGAAAAGGGUAUACGACUGUAUGCAGUAUAACCCUGGGCAGGAGUCAGCCUGGGAGGAGCUCACCACUGAACACACAGUAAGAAUGUUCCAGUUCACAGUGAAAGACUGUGAGACUCUUGGAGAAGCAAUUUCUGAUUAGCCUGUUCUCAUGAUCUGUGUGUGUUUUAGCCAACUAACUCCUCUGAAUAUCAUUGUCUUGACAAUACUUCUUUUGGAGAAUAACUUUCCUCUCCAAAAGAGUUCUAUGGUAAGUGUAAUGAUGAUACGGUGGUACACAGAGUACUCCACUCUUAUAUUUAAUGAAUCUGUCUUUGUUGUUGUGUGUUUGAGAAUUGUGUGAUUUUAAUCCUUUAGCACAUAUUUCUUUUUGAAUUGUGUAAAUAAUGCUGGAGAAAGAAAUAAAGAAGCUGUCCAGGGGGAACUAUG